AUGCCUUCCACAUUCUUCAAGGUACUGGCUACACACAGUUGCAAGCUCACAAAGCCAGCUGACGAUUCGAACCAGCCCUCCGACCUCCACCCAUCCGAUUACAAAGGCAAACAGAUGCCCGAUGAGUACCCUCAGCCUGUACUCCGCCUACACUGCCUGAACCGACACGCUUCUGUACUCUUCCGCUUUCCCAGCGACGUGGACGAACACGACGACGUAGACGAAGAUACAAACGAAGACCCCUUCAUCCCAUACGCCAUCGAAGCACCAGAUCUGGCUGCCGACGACAACGACCUCUUGGACCUCCUGCACACCCACGACGGUGGUCAAGGAAAGCUCAACGCGAAAAAGAACGAACCCUACCGUCCCAAUCUUCUCAAGAUAUGGCAGGAAGGGAACCAGGUAGCUCAGAGAGCCCCUAGGCUACCGAGGUGUAGGCUUGCUACUCGCCGGAGGCUAAAUCACCCCCGGGAUGAUUUGGCCAGACAUAUGUGCUGGUUUCAUAGGCAGAAUGUGGAUCGCAGGAGUGAGAAAUGUAGGCGGACUCAAAAGCUGAGGGUAUCUGCAGGUGGUCAAUCAUGGGCAUGUUUGUUUCCAGUCCUUGAGUUCCAGUAUCACAUUCGCUUACACAUGCACAAAAAGACAAGUAUCAAUCGUAACAAUCUUAUAAUUGUAUGA